UACUCGAUGUUUACACUCCGACAGUAAUGGAUUCACCACCACCACGACCACCGCCAUCCCAACAUAGUGAGGUAUAGAGCAAUGGCAAAACAAAACAAAGGACUUUUGUUUUAUUUAUUUUUUUCCUAAAAUAGAGCAUACUCGAAUUGGUUAAUGAUCAUAAAAUUUGAAACAUGUCUGUCCUUGAUGGAAAGAUGGGGUUGUGGUUGUGGUAGGAACUGUUUGGAAAAGUGGCAAGAUUUGUGAGAUCUCUCUUUGUUGUCACUUUUCCUCUUCAACUUGGCAUAAGCAUGAUGGCUUCGGUUUCUCUUUUAAACAAACUAGCCCCAAAAGGGAGAACCAAAAGGAAUCCUCCCAAGUAACCAGUCUUCAUACGGAUUCUCAUAACUGAAAGGUUGACUCAGCCACCUUACAAACUUCUAUAAAUUCUCCCCCAACUCUCUCCUCCUUCUUCACUUCAUCACUUCCCCUUUCACAAACAAACAAAGUUAAGCUUCUCCACCCUUUAACCACCAACACAAAAAUGAGACAUCCAUCAUUUUCAUUUAGCCUCCUUAGAGAACACAACAUUCUCUUCAUAAGGGGCUUCAUGAUUUUGUUCCUCAGUUGCAUAACCCUUCGCCUUAACUUCUGUAUCUCCAGCAUCCCUUCUUCUCUUAAAUCACUUCCCUUGGAGGGACACUUCAGUUUUGAGGAAGUUGACCUUAAGCAUGCAGCCAGGGACUUUGGCAACAGGUACCAGUCUCAUCCCAUGGCAGUGCUUCAUCCAAAGUCAGUUUCUGACAUUGCAGACACCAUAAAACAUAUCUGGAACUAUGGUCCUGGUUCUCAGCUCACUGUUGCUGCUAGAGGCCAUGGCCACUCACUCCAGGGCCAGGCACAGGCUCAUGGAGGAGUUGUGAUCAACAUGGAAUCACUCAGUGUCCCAGAAAUGCAGGUGCAUGCAGGAGAAUCUCCUUAUGUGGAUGUCUCAGGCGGGGAAUUGUGGAUAAACAUCCUGCAUGAGACACUAAGGUAUGGAUUAACACCAAGAUCAUGGACAGACUACUUGCAUCUCACUGUUGGUGGCACUUUAUCCAACGCUGGUGUAAGUGGACAAGCAUUUAGGCAUGGUCCCCAGAUAAGUAACGUUCAGAAGCUGGAGAUUGUUACAGGAACCGGAGAGGUGGUGAACUGUUCUGAGGAGCAGAAUGGUGAACUCUUUCACAGUGUACUUGGAGGGCUUGGUCAGUUUGGCAUUAUAACAAAAGCAAGAAUAUUCCUGGAACCAGCACCUGCCAUGGUAAAAUGGAUCAGGGUCCUGUAUGCAGAUUUCACAGCAUUCACAAGAGACCAAGAACAACUAAUAUUUGCAGAAAAGGCUUUUGAUUAUGUUGAAGGGUUUGUGAUAAUAAACAGAACUGGUCUCUUAAAUAACUGGAGAUCAUCCUUCAACCCACAAGACCCAGUUCAAGCUAGCAAGUUCAAAUCAGAUGGAAGAACUCUCUUCUGCCUAGAAUUGGCCAAAUACUACAAUCUAGAAGAAACCCUUUUAGUGAAUCAGGAAGUGGAGAAACACUUGUCCCACUUGAACUACAUCCCAUCAACACUUUUUCAAACAGAAGUCACAUAUGUAGAUUUUCUAGACAGGGUGCAUAUCUCAGAGAUCAAGUUGCGUUCAAAAGGGUUGUGGGAUGUUCCACACCCAUGGCUCAAUCUCUUUAUUCCCAAAACCAAAAUACACAACUUCGCAGAGGUUGUCUUCGGCAACAUCGUAACAGAAACAAGCAACGGCCCUGUCCUUAUCUACCCCGUAAAUAAAUCAAAAUGGGACAACAGAACUUCUGUUGUUAUGCCAGAGGAAGAUAUUUUCUACUUAGUGGCGUUUCUUGCUUCUGCAGUCCCCUCUUCCAAUGGUCCUGAUGGCCUUGAACACAUUUUGAGUCAGAACAAAAAAAUUUUAGAGUAUUGUGAAAGAGCCCAUCUUGGGGUAAAGCAAUAUUUGCCCCACUACACUACACAGGAAGAAUGGAGGGCACACUUUGGUUCCCAAUGGGAGAUUUUCCAGCAAAGAAAAUCUGUUUAUGACCCUUUGGCAAUACUUGCCCCUGGCCAAGGAAUAUUUCAAAAAUCAAUAACCUUCUCAUGACCUUAGCCAUGUUUUUAUUAAUAGGCCCUUGUGGCAUACAUGUGUCAAUAUUGUCCUACAUGUGCAUACUGUGUGUAGCACCAAGACAGCAGAGUCAGUGGUCAACACAACAGAACAAAGGUUUCAAACUGAAUUAUUAUAGGGUUUCCAUAUUAUUAGUGCCAGAAACGAAUGUAUAUAUACCAAUUUUGUACACGGUUGCUUAUUUGUAUUUUCUAAUGUAGCCAAUUUCAAGAACAAAAGUUAAGCUAUGUGCCCCUGCUACAUGAAUAUUAAAAUUAAAACAUCCAUAACAAAAUCCAAUUCAUCUGUAUCAUGGCUCCAAAAUGUGGGACAGACACAUGAAGCAGUUGCUCUGGCAUCACCAUGCAAUAAGCAUUGAUAUCUCGCACUAUGUCUUUACACUAUCCAUUUUAUUUUUUUAUUUUUAUAUUAAGAUAUUUAUAUCAAGGAGUCUAAUAACAUAGUAUGUUGUU